CCCCGCCCCGCCCCGCCCCGCCCGCCGCUGUCACUGCCCGGCUCCGGUGCGGACACCCCGGCAGCGGCAGGUGUUUCCAGGCACACUGUUUGUCACACCUGCCCUGGAGCAAUUAAACCCAUCAGGAGAAGAAACCACUUCAGGUACCUUUGCUGAGAGACGGUGGAGCAGCGGCAGGACGUCACCAUGAUGGAGGAUCACGCAGCCAGCCAGGAGAAGCACAUCCCAUCAGGCUAUCCCCUUCAGAUUCCAGUCGAUGAUGGAUCAGAUGAGCCUGUUUCUGAAACAUCUGACGCUAAGAGCACCCCAACUACGGAAGAUGCCACAGCACCUUUAGUGGAGGAAGGAGACCACGAGGAUCAGGGUGGUGUCGAACAACACGGGGAGAUCCCAGAAGGAACCACAGCUGAAGAGGCAGGCAUAGGAGCCACCCCCAACCUGGAGGACCAUGCUGCAGGAGAUGCUCAAGGGGAGCCAAGCUCUCCACAGCUACAGCCUGGCCCUCAGGAACGUGUGGGAGAUGCAGUAAAAAGAGAAAGCCAACCCACAAAGCAGGUAGCUGGGGUUCUUCAGCAGCCUCUUCUGUCACACGAAAUGAAGGCUACAAGAGCAGCUCCCACCAAAAUCGAGGUCACCAUUCCAAUACCUCUGGAUAUGUACCAAAACUCCAGAGCUUCUGAAGACAUCAGUGAGUUAUGGGAUCAUCGAGGCAGAGAAGGCAUUGGUGUGGAUCCAGCACUGGGAACAGAGCUAGGUCGUGGUGUGCACCCUGAGGGGUUGGCAGGAGCAGGUGGCACAGAUGACUCUCCUUUAUGUACCAGAGCUCCUUUAAAAGAAGAUGCUGGUGGAUGGGAAAGAGAUGAGGACCGUGAUAUUGAUGAAACUUCUGAGCAGCAUGUGCUUUCCUUGGUGGGACAGCAUGUUUCACCAGGGCCUGAAAUGGGCUUGUGUCCAGCAACAGCCAAGGAAGCUCUUGAAGAACAUGCCAUGGAAAAAAACAAGACCAAAGAUGUCCUCAGAGACAUACCAGGAGAGGCACUUCUUGUUGAAACUGAGUCACAUGAAGCUGGAGAGGAUCAGCGGGAGAGGAAACAGCCACUGGGGGGGAAAGAAGACACAGAGGUCACCCCUUCUGAAGUCAUUCCCAAGAAAGAAGCAGAGCUCAGGGAGGGAGAAGAUUCUAGACCCUUGCUAGAAGCAGCCAAACUCCCUGUUGAGUUAAAAGAUGAGGUGGAAGACAAGGAUGUUCCUUUGGAAGAGGCUGUGACAGAUACAGGAGAGUGCCGGACGCCCAAGAGGAAACCCCGUGUCCCCAAGGCAGAUCAGGCCAUCAGUCACGUCCCGCUCCUGAAAGGUCGUAUUGACAGCAAAGACAAGGAAGGGACUGAAGCUGAGGAAAAGAAACCAAAGAAAUCCUCACCUUCCACUGCCAAACCCCCAGGCGAUAGACCCUCCAUCCCCCCCCAACGACACACCUCCUCUAGCACAGCCCCUUCGAAAACACCCUCCAGCCCUGCCUCCACCUCUAAACGAGUCUCUUCUGUCACAUCCCGACCUGCCAGUACAGGAACACAAGAAACAAAAGCCAAGGGCCCGGAGAUGAGAGUUGGCACCAAGACGGCCACGCCGCGCUCCGCUGCCGGGCAGGCCCAGAGGAACUCCAGCAAUGCCACCCGCAUCCCAGCAAAGACCCCCACAGCCCCCAAGACACCUCCCAGCUCUGGCAGAAAGGAGCAGAAAAAACCACCUCCUGCAGCAGCAAAGUCUGAGAAAGGUGAGCAGCCAAAAUCUGGAGACAGAAGUGGUUACAGCAGUCCUGGCUCCCCGGGGACUCCGGGCAGCCGUUCCCGCACUCCUUCUCUGCCCACCCCCCCAGCCCGGGAGCCCAAGAAGGUGGCAGUGGUUCGUACGCCGCCCAAAUCUCCAGCCUCUGCCAAGACCCGUGUCCAGCCCUCAGCUGCACCCAUGCCUGACCUGAAAAAUGUCAAGUCCAAAAUUGGCUCCACUGAAAACCUGAAGCACCAGCCCGGAGGUGGCAAGGUGCAGAUAAUUAAUAAGAAGCUGGACUUUAGCAGCGUUCAAUCCAGGUGUGGCUCAAAGGAUAAUAUCAAACACAUCCCAGGAGGAGGCAGUGUGCAGAUAAUUAAUAAGAAGCUGGACUUUAGCAGCGUUCAAUCCAGGUGUGGCUCAAAGGAUAAUAUCAAACACAUCCCAGGAGGAGGCAGUGUUCAAAUUGUUUACAAGCCAGUCGACCUGAGCCAUGUGACAUCCAAAUGUGGUUCCCUGGGCAACAUCCAUCACAAACCAGGUGGUGGCCAGGUGGAGGUGAAAUCUGAGAAACUGGACUUCAAAGAUAAGGUGCAGUCGAAAAUCGGGUCCUUAGAUAACAUCAGCCAUGUCCCUGGAGGAGGAAACAAAAAGAUUGAGACCCACAAGCUGACUUUCCGUGAGAACGCCAAAGCCAAGACCGACCACGGCGCCGAAAUCGUCUACAAGUCCCCGACCAUCUCCGGGGACGCCUCCCCGCGCCGCCUCAGCAACGUCUCCUCCACUGGCAGCAUCAACAUGGUGGACUCCCCCCAGCUGGCCACACUAGCUGAUGAAGUGUCUGCUUCCCUGGCCAAGCAGGGCUUGUGAUCGGGGGCACAGCAGGGCCCAGAUGAGAGAAGACAAGGAAAAGGAAAACGAAACGAAACAAAAACGGGGAAAAAAAAAAAAAAAAAAGGAAAAGAAACAAAUAAUAAUCUGGCCUUCUUCCUCUGUUCCUUUUACAGCUGCUUCCCCAUCCCCUAACUGGUUAAUGAUUUAACCUGCUUUUACUGUUCAUUCAGCUCUAGCUCCAGGACUUCAAAAUCAGUGACACUAUGAGGUACAAAACCUCCUCUCCCCCUGCUCCUCGGAGCGCACAGCCCAUGCCUGCCCCCCACUCCCUCCCCUUGUCCCCCCCAAACUCUGCGAGGUCCCUCACUGUCCCAGCCCUGCCCAGGGCCACCUGCCUUACCAGGGAUGCCCACUGCCCCAGGGAAGUGGGGAGGGGGCUUUAGGGGGCAGCCACAGCAUGACAUUGACCCGAGCACCCCCCAGGGCAGUGGGAGCCCCUCAUGAAGGGGCUGGGACAGUCCCACACAUUACCCUAACAAGUCCUGGGCUGAAGGGCUGGCCUGCAGGCAGCACAGGCAGUGGGUGCUGCUGCCAGGGACUGCAGGGAGGUGCCCUCCCUUUCUGCAUUCCAUUUGCCUGCUGAUUUGGAAGAAACCUUUUGUUUUUUACCUCUGAAAGACGAGAUGUGUAUGAAGAGAACUGCCAGGUACCCCCUAGCCCUGCUCUCAGCUCCGGCAGCUGGAGUACCGGCCAGGCCGGGGUGUCCCACUGCGGAAGGGGCUGUGCUGGAACUGCUGAGUGGAUGAGUAGAGGCUUUUCCCUAUUCCUUUGGCAGCCCCUCGUGUUGUAGAGUAGAUUUGUCUGUAUAUGCUUGGACCGUGCCAGGGUGAUUGUUUUCCUAAACGAGCAUGUGUUUUAAAAAAGAAAAAAGUAAUACGCUGUAAGUAGUUUUGAGCUGUCCAGCGAGGAGGGGCCAAGGGGGGCUUGGCUGAGCUCUGGGUUGUGCCCAGACCUGGCACUGCAUGUCUGCCAGGUGGGCUCAGAGCCUCUGCCCUGCUCCCUGGGGAGGGCUGUGGGCUGAGGGGGUUGUGUCAGAGGUCCUGCCCUGCUCCCCAGGAAGGGCUGUGGGGGCUGUGUUAGGGCUUCCUGGCCCUGUGCUCUCCUCCCAGGGCCCAAGGAUGUGGUGUGUGGGGCACUUGUAGCUCUCCAGGGCUGGGAUGGCCCCUGGAGUUGGGUGCAGCUUGUAACAUUUUUGGGUUUUGUUUCUCCCCCCUCUCCCCCAAGGUCAGCCAGUGAUGGGUGAAGUGGCAGCUCCAGGCUCUGCUGGGCUCAUGCUGUUGGCAGCAGGAGGAGACAACCCAGGAGGGCACGAGGGGAAGGUGUGAGGAAGGUUGUUUUGGUUUUGUUUUUUUUCUUAUGCUGGUGUGGUGGCAGCUUCCCCGGGUCCCAUCCUGCACGUGGGGGGGAGGCCUGAGGCUGCUCCCUGGCACUGAUACCCCCCCCCCCCCCCAAUCUGCACUCUCCUGGUUUGGGUUUGCAGCCCCUCGUGGUGUGUCCUCCAUACAGCCCUAACAACCCGCCCCAGCCCCACACUGGGGAGAAGAGCUGAUCCACUUGUGUUUCUUUCUCUGCUUGUUUUUCUGUGGACACCCAGGGAGUGUGAAGGGGUGGCCCAGGGCUGUGCUGCACCUGUGGUCAUCCCUAUGUGCCCGUUACAACCAAAGAGGCUGAGAUGCCACCAGUGCAGCUUGCUGUGUGUCCCCUCCCUGUCCCCCAUCCUCCCCCUCUCUGCCAAGAGCCACCAGCCCUGCAGUGGGGACAGAGCUGGCAGUGGGGGCAGAGGGGUGCUCAGGCUGUGCUGCAGGGAAAGGGGCUGAAACUGGUGUGAGUGGGCCAGCAAGGGGGUCUUGCAGAGGCAUUGGUUGUCCUUCGGGCACAGGCUGGGUGCUGUUUCAGCAGUUAAUGGGGUGGAGCAGCAGGUUCCUCCCUGGACAGGCCCCACUGCCACCUGAUGCAGGAGCCUCUGUCCUGUGGCUUCCCCAGGUUCUUCUGCUGCUCUACAUGGGCUGGGGGGGCAGCUGGGGAGGCUGGUUUUGGUCUGGGGAGGUGGCAAUUUGGGGCUGGAGAGGGGAGGGUGUCCAACCCUUGUCUCUGCAGCCCCAGGAGCUGCUGGUCCAGCACAGCCACCAGCAGCUCCUCCCUGGCUCAGUUACUGAUCCUCAGCCUCUGUCCCUGCCUGGCUCGGGUGGGAUGUGGGAGCCCCAGGGUGGUUUUGUCCUCUGGAGCACGUGGGAGAGCCCGGGUUCAUCACCCCAGUUAACCCUUCUGGGCUGCAGGAUGGUGCGUGGCUGAGCCCUGCCCUGUGCCACCCCCUGGGACCUUCUGUGCAGCUCCGGAGGGACUCCAGGCCAGGGCUGAGCUUGUCAGCAGCCCCUUCCCCCUGCACCCCCUUCCCCCUGCACCCACCCCCUCAUCUCACCUCCCCCUCCCUGGGGGGAAAGCCAGGUGUCCCAGGACAGCCCUUGCCCUCCACUGUCCCCUUCCAGCAGCCCGAGCCACAUCCCCAGCCCCAACCCCACAGGCCUGAGGGUGACCAUGAGCAGCUGGACCCACUGCCCCCUGGCUUUUCCUUUACUCCACACACACGCACCUCUUGGUCUGAACAGGGUUCAAACCGGCACCGAGUCAGAAGUAACCGAACCUGUUUCUGCACUCAAAAAAAUAUAAUAUUUAAAAAAUAAUAAUAAAAAUGCUUGUGACAUGGAACUUCAGCAUCAGCUGCUGGUGGUGCUGGCAGCCCUGCUCCCAUGGGAGGGGAGGGAAGGUUUGAUCUCAGUGUAUCAUUCUAGCUUAGCUUCUGUCUGUGGGUGUCCAUAGUGUAUCGUGCGUUUUAACAACUGGUUUACACUGUUGCCGUAAAAGUGAAUUUGGAAAUAAAAGUCAUUACUACAAGAAA